CUAUAAUGUCAAUAGCAGCGGACAAUACAGAGCAGUUGUCCUUGAGCCUUUUCCUAUUCUGCUCGGCCUUCCGACUAAAAGCGUUCGGGUCGCGGUCGUCGUGAAUGGUGGCUGGGUUCAGCUGCCAGCCGCCAACAACGCUUUGUCACCUCGCCAACCUCUCCAAAUCCAUCCACUCUCCGCGUCGCAAAUGGCACGCCACGCUAUUCUAGCCUGAUUAUACAGCGACCUACGUAUGUCGUUGUCCACGAGAUGGCUGGAAGUACUUUUAGAGACACUUAUAACCCGGGACGAUGGGCCUGGCACAAGCAUCACCCACACACACCAUCCACUACCUCCUCAAGUGCUGAGCAGGUAACCAAGCAAUUCACGCUUCUACCUUGAACUCAUAUACAUUGUGUCCUGGUACUCACCUACUAUUGCGACAUCCUCACUACACACUUACUAGACGAUAUCCUCGUACUACGACACUACACACAUCACGAUGCGCUCCACGAUAAGAGCACUCGCCGCGCUGGCUUCGGCCGCACUCAUCGCUCCCUCGGUCGCGCAGACAUACUCCAACUGCAACCCGCUACUACGAAGCGACUGCCCUCCGGAUUCAGCCCUCGGCCGAACCGUCAACAUCGACUUGACGUCUGCGUCCGACAGCUUCACCCCCCAAAGCAAUCCCACUUACGGUUCGGACGGCGUCUCCUUCACAAUAUCCAAGUCGGGCCAAGCACCUCAACUCACCUCGAAAUGGUACAUCAUGUACGGCAAGGUCGAGAUAGUCGUCAAGGCAUCACCCGGAGCCGGCAUUGUUAGCAGCGUUGUCCUCCAGUCCAACACACUCGACGAGAUUGAUUGGGAGUGGCUCGGCUCGAACCCCAACGAAGUGCAGUCGAACUACUUCGGCAAGGGGCAAACCACCACCUACAACCGCGGCGCUUUCCACCAGGAUCCUGGCAGCCAGGACAACUGGAAGAAAUACACCAUCGACUGGACGCCCGAGCAGAUUGUCUGGCAGAUCGACGGAGUCACUGUCCGCACUCUGGAGCCUGCAAACGCCCAAGACCAAUACCCUCAAUCGCCUAUGCAGGUCAAGUUCGGUUCAUGGAGCGGUGGUGAUCCAGCAAAUGCCGAAGGCACCAUCAAGUGGGCGCGCGGCCCGACCGACUAUACCAAGGGACCCUUUUCCAUGAAGGUCAAGUCGCUCAUGGUUCAGGAUUACUCCACUGGUACGCAAUACGUCUACGGCGACCAAACUGGAUCGUCGAAAUCCAUCAAGGCCGUCGGUGGUACUGUCUUUUCUGGUGGCAAAGCUCCGGUCCAGAACGCACCUGAAGUAACAUCCACGGCUUCUGGACAACCAAUCCCAUUUACUCUCACCGAGACCUCCGGCUACGAACGCCCCAGCGUGUUCCCCUGGGUACCCAACCCGUCUGUCUCCAAGGCACCUCAACCCACCUUUGCGAACUACCCCGGGCUUCCGAGCGGGUGGACCGUCUCAGAUACCGGCAAAGUUGUUCCACCCAGCUCAGCCACUACAUCCCCUCUCGCUUCCUAUACCUCAUUGCCGGCUGCUUCGCCUACGGGUUCCUCUGGCGACUAUAAGCCCGAGGUCUCUACUGGCUAUGACGACAAGGGCUUCACCACCCUUGUCACUGUCUACCCUGGUACUGCCCGCCCCACUGCCGGCAACAGCACCAAAUUACUAGAGAACAACGCUGCAAAAUCGCCUGUUCAGGCUGCAGCCGUCACCGGCGAUGCUCCCCAACCGCUUACCGGCAACUUCUACCCUCAACUACUCGCCUUUGUGGCCAUUGUCGUCGCACUAGUGAGCCUCUAGAUUUAUCCACAAUUCAGAGACAUUGUAUGGGUAUUUUUUGCGGCGCAAUGGAUUGGGAUUCUAGCCAUAAAGGCAGGGUGCUAGGAAUGAACAAGUAAUGGGUAGACGAGUUUGUCACGGGAAAUGAUUCUGGGAACGGAACUUGUAUAUGUAGGAUUAUGAUUAUGAUUGGAUAGGUAUUGUACAUAUGGCAUUGCAUAGCGUGGGAUGGGAUGGGAAACACGAGCUAUUGCUCUAUAGAUAAUCUAGAUAGCGAACAUUGAAAUGUAGAUGCAUCACUACACA